AUGGGCUUACGAACCAGUCCCUCGUCACAGUCGUUGAACUCCCUGUUAGACCCCCCGCCGCCCUAUCAAGACCAGCACCCCGCUGAACCCUCCUCAGACACUGCCCGUCUCCUCAACUCCUCCUACGAACUCCCCGGCGGCUCCGGCACCACAGCCCAACAAGCCAGCGAUGUCACCCUGGCUGCUUCCCUGUCGAGCGAUAGCGAGGCUCUACUCCGUCUUCUUCGCCAGCAGAUGAGACUCCCGCCCCGACCGAUCCUCAGCGUGUGCGGUUCACACACCAAGACCACCGACGAAGGCAAGAAGAGUUCGAAAGAAGAAACCAUUGUCGAUUUCCGCUUCGCUCUUGAUCUCGCCGAGACGAUGCUGACCGGGUGGGAGGGGAGGAUGCCGCGAAAAGAUACCAGCAACAAUAAUGAUGAUGAUAAUGAUGAUAAUAAUAAUAAUUGGGUGGCGGUUGAUAUUGUUCGGGAUGGAGAUGAACGGGCUGCUUAUCGAGGAGGGAACCUCCGGUCACGGAGCUAUAAGCCCCCAAAAGCAACAACCAACAAGACUUCUUCGUCUCUGCCCGAAAGUGAGACGGCCCUUCUGGCUGAUGGAGAGGAAAACGACGGGGAGCAGGGAGAGAUGGACCCAGAUCUGAUGCUAUGGUGCGAGCGGUUCUGCGCCGAUCCCUCGCCUAUCAAAUCAUUCACUCUCCAUCGAACCCUUGACGGCUUUGACGAAGACGCCUUUCGCAAACGACUGGCCUCCCAUCUCCGCGCGCUCAACUACCUCGGCACCGUGCAGCUGUCGCUAUCGCUUGCCCACCGAUCUGUAACCAUCUACUCGCCGCACUGGAUCAACCGACUCCGCAGGAACCGCUGGGUAUGGUUUGCCUGCGUCGUGCUGCAGCUGUGGAUCAUCACCUGGCCGGUGAUCUGGCUGCUCGAGCGGCGGUACGAGGUGCUAAGCACAGCCUGGCAUGCCUCGCUGGAUCCUGCUGAAUCAGACGCUGGCGCCUGGAUGGGCGCCGGACCUGCGAGGCGCUACGCCCGGGGACUCGACGAGACCACUCUGGCCGAUUACUGGGGUCCCGCCGUGAUGCAGGCGGCGUGGAAUCGAUCCUCGGAUCACCAGGUAUUGACCCGGCUAGAUGCCAACCGGCUCCAGGGAGUCAGAACGGAGCAGCUGCUAGGGUUAACAACCGGCAGCAGCGGGGGUUCCGCGGCCGAUUACGGGCGAGAUAUCACAGGCGAAGCCUCGGUUGUUCACAAUGUCGAGCAUGUCAUUAGAGGACUGGGCCGUGUAAGACAGGGGUACCGCUUGGAGAUGGGAUGGGGGGAGAACUGUUAA